GUUUACAGUUGUUGCCCAGCCUUUUGAAAAUCAGAAAUGGUUCGUCGACGUAUGUCAUCACCGAGGCCAUCGGCCCCGGUCAGGAGCGCUGCACCACCGUCCCGACCCCGUGCCGCAGCCCCUCCACCUCCUGCACCUCCGAUGAGGUCAGCUCAAGCAACUCCAAUCGGUGGUAUGCCCCCACCACAAGCACCUGGCCUAAUGGCGCAAAUGGCCGCAACUGCGGGUGGUGUUGCUAUUGGAUCGGCUGUUGGUCAUGCCGUCGGUAAUAUGAUGACGGGAGGAGGUGGCUCUUCAGGCUCUGAGGAGGUGGCUCAAGCACCAGCUGCUCAAGCUGGUGCACCUCAAGUACCACAAAACCAACAAGCACUCACUCAGCCAUGUGAAUUCGAAUGGAAACAGUUCCUUGAAUGCAGUCAGAAUCAAAGAGAUCUGAGUCUCUGUGAGGCAUUCAAUGAGGCAUUCAAACAGUGUCGUGCACGUUACGCGUAAAUGCAACAGUGUCCAUUUUCUGAUGUAUUCAUGAACGAUUAUCGUUUAACGUCGGCUGUAAUUUACAAUUUCUGUAGUUAACGUUAUAUGGAGUAGAUUCAUUUUAUCACUGUUACCCUGGAUUUUUCCUUUUCAGUUGAUUAUUUUCUCUUGUUUAACUGAAAUGUGAUGAAAUUUUUGCUUGUCCGUGAAGAACACUCUCGGGAGCUUUGAAUUUCCGUUGCAUUGCUCCGUUUAUAAUUGUUUCUUGUCUGAUAAACAUAUAAUAUUGUUGAUAAUGAAUGAUUGUUGCUGUUCCGUUUAGACUUUGCGAUUCUUGUAGUAUUCUUUCAUCGAAUUUAAAUGACUUGGAAUUAAUUC